GUAUUACCUGCAGAGCUCUAGUGAAUUAGAAGAGCACUUGUCCCAUGUGUGUGUUGAAAGCCGGAGGAGUGAGGGAGACAGAACAUCAUCCUGCAAGACAGGGUGCUUUUUUAUCAUUCUGAUAAACCAACUGAGAUAGGUUGGAUUUGAAAUAUACAGAUUGCGGGGCAACUAGCAGUGGAUAUGGCUGGUUGUCUGCAAAGGACUGGGCUUUCCAAAGCUGUACUUUUAAAGUAUCUCUUUGCCCUUUUUGCACUGAGCUACAGUUUUUUCCCAGCUGAAGGGGCAGAAAACUUUGAUCCAGCGUUUUUCUUCGGCCCCAGGCCGGGACCUAAUUCUGAGUCCAUACUGGUGGCCAACAAUGGAGUGAGGGUACCUUUUGGAAGAUCAGUCUAUUUAGACCCAAUCAACGACCUGGUGACUGAAGUGCAGCCUGGUGACCGGUGCUACAUCACAGUGCUGGAGAACGACCCCCUGGCUCAGAGACCUGGAAUGCUGUCUCCAAAGAAAUUCCCCUGUGCUUUUGGGGCAGAGGAGGUGAAAUACACCCACUUUGGAUCAAGAAGCCCCAACAAGGACAGAGUGAGGCUGCAGUUAAGGUAUGAUUCCCAGACCGACACCAUUGUCAUUCCUUUCAUGCUGGAGGUGGAAGUUGUUUUUCAGCAACUGGAGAUUUUAACCCGCAAUAUGCCUCUGGUCGUGGACAAGCUGAAUGGCAUCAGCAAUCCCAUUGACAGGAAGGGCUUGGAGUUUGCUUAUGAUGGCAGUGCUGAAUCAUGCAAGGUCACCACCUUGAUGAGCGCAGGAGGUCUCCCCAGGUAUGGCUCUCUUUUAAAUCACACCGCCAAUGGGCAGAUGAUUGACUGUGAUGAAUUUGUAAACUUGGGUGUUCGCUAUAAGCAUACCUCCACCACCAGCUCGCCAAACAGAGAUUACAUCCCCAUGUUGGUGGAGCUGAUGGAUAAAGAGGGAAACAUUGUCAAGCAGGAGCAUUUCCAGAUAAUGAUUAGAAUCAAAGAAGGGACAGAAAACACCCCCCCUAAGCCAAGUUUUGUUGCUAUGAUGAUGAUGGAAAUUGACCAGUUUGUGAUGACAGCUAUAACCAAUGAUAUGCUGGCUGCUGAGGAUGUUGAAUCUGAUCCAGAUGACUUAAUUUUUAACAUCACAUCACCCCUGGGCUAUCAGCACGGGUACAUUAUCAGCACUGAUGAUCAAAAUCUGCCUAUUACAUCUUUUUAUCAGAGUGACAUUAAAGAUUUGAAAAUAGCAUAUAAGCCCCCCUCUGUAGAUUCUGAUGUGGAGAGAAUUUUUCAGAUAGAGAUUGAAGUUGUUGACACUGAGGGUGCUGUGUCUGACACUUUUGCCUUCAUGAUUGUUGUUAAACCCAUGAACACUUUAGCUCCAGUCGCAACUAAAAACACAGGACAGCUUCUGUUUGAGGGGCAGUCAAGAGCACUGUCAAGUGCCCAGAAUUUGGAAAUCAGUGAUGAAGAUAAUCUUGAAGACGUGAGAAUUACUGUUAUUGAUGGCUUAAAGCAUGGUGAAUUAACAGUUUUAGGAGCCAGGAGGAAAUUUUUUACCCCUGCUGAUUUGGAUGCAGGUGUUGUGGUGUACCAGCAUGAUGGCAGUGACACUUACAGUGACAACAUCAUUUUCCGUAUGACUGAUGGCACUAAUGAAGUUGAGUUUUUGUUUCCAAUUACCAUUGCACCCACCGACGAUGAACCCCCAAUCAUAAAUGCUAAUACUGGGCUGGUGCUGUUCAAGAAUGAAAUCAUGCAGAUUUCACCAUUCAUUCUAAGUGCAACUGACAUUGACUCGGAGGACUCGACCAUUAAGUUUAUUGUAGAGCCUCCCUAUUCAACACUUGGCGAGCUGCUGCUGCGCCAAGCAGAGCAGCCUUCAGAUCUGUCAGGCUGGAAAUUCAGCGAAACGGACGAGAUGUUUGAACAGGUGGUGACGGAGUGGUUUCAGCAGGAUGUUCUGGAUGGAAAGCUUUUUUACCGUCACAUUGGACCCCAUAGCACCACCACUGUCAUGGACCAGUUCAUCUUCCGGGUCCAGGAUGAUAACGACCCACCAAAUCAGUCUGGGGAGCACACGUUCACGAUUAAAAUCCAUCCAGUGGAUGAUCUCCCCCCUGAACUUUAUCCAGGCACUACUUUAUAUAUGGCUGUGAAAGAGUAUGAAUUAACACACUUUAAAAAGAAAUUUUUACGCUAUACUGAUCUUGACUCAGAUGACAGGGAUCUUAAAUACAGCAUAACUAGACCUCCAACAGAUACGGAUGAAAACAACCCAGUGCCACUGGGGGAUAUAGUUCUGACUGAGAGCUCUAACAUUGUCAUUACUGAGUUCACACAAGCUCAAAUCAAUCACCUCAAAGUGGCAUACAAGCCCCCAGAUCAGGAACUGGGCAUCACUCCAAGAGUAGUGCAGUUCAAUUUUGUUGUGGAGGACACUGCUGGAAAUUCGGUGGAUGGGGUCUUUACAAUUUUCUUGCAGCCUGUUGAUAACAAGCCCCCCCAGAUUACAAACACAGGCUUCACAGUGCUCGAAAGAAACACAUACAUAAUAACUAAAGCAGAACUUGAUGCCAUUGACCAGGACACAGAUGAUGAUAAAAUUACCUUCACUGUGACACAGGCUCCACGGUUUGGUUUGCUGCAAUAUUUGGGGGUUGAUAUGUCAGUUGGAGAGACAUUUGUGCUGGAAGAUAUUGCCAAUGGCCGCCUUGGAUAUAUUCACAGUGGUGAAGAAUCCACCAGUGACACAAUAAAAAUUGAUGUCAGUGAUGGGUUCCAUGAACUGCCGAUCAUUAUAAAAAUUACCGUCAAACCAGUUGAUGAUGAAACACCAACCAUCAUGCUCCCCGCUGGCCUGCUGGGCUCCUCAAUUGAUGUUCUGGAGAAUGGAGCCACAGAGAUCACUCCCAAUGUGAUUCAAGGAAGGGAUGAGGACACUGACGACCUCAUGCUCACGUUCAUUGUUGAGGAACCACCGAAACUAGGUGAAAUUAUGGUGAAUGGUGUGUCCUCUGAAAGAUUCACUCAACAAGAUAUCAUCAAUGGAGCUGUUGUGUAUGCCCACACAAGUGGGGAAAUCGGACCUUUAAAACAGCACGAUUCUUUCAAUCUUACCAUCUCUGAUAUGUCAAAUGAGUGGGUGGUUGGUGGCAAUAAGGUCCAGGGUGUCAGGGUGCAUGUUACUAUUCUCCCUGUGGACAGCAUGCCUCCAGUUGUCAAGGUUAGUGAUCAGUUUACUGUGCUGGAAGGGGAAAAGAAUGUCAUCACACUAGCAAAUAUCCAAGCUGAAGAUGUGGACACCGAAAAAGAUGACAUUCUGUGCACCAUCAUAGUCCAGUCCACUUCUGGCUACAUCGAAAACAUAUCUCCAGCACCAGGAUCAGAAAAGUCCAGAGCAGGUACUGCCAUUACUGCUUUUAGCAUUAAAGAUGUCCGCCUGGGACAUAUUUACUAUGUGCAAAGCAUUCAUAAAGGUGUUGAGCCCGUUGAAGAUAGGCUGACUUUCCGCUGUUCUGAUGGCAUCAAUUUCUCAGAGCGUCACUUUUUCCCUAUUGUCAUUAUUCCAACAAAUGAUGAAAAGCCUGAAAUAUUCACUCGUGAAUUUGUUGUUAUGGAGGGGAUGAGUCUUGUCAUUGACAUACCGAUUCUUAAUGCAGCAGAUGCCGACAUUCCAGGGGAUGAUCUUCAGUUUGAAAUAAUUAGCUCUCCCAAACAUGGCAAUAUUGUUCAGCAACUGACAACAGGCACAGUCCCCGUUAUUCAUUUCUCUCUUGAGCAGAUCAAGGAAGGCUCUAACAUUGUCUAUGAGCACGACGAUUCUGAAACCAAAGAAGACAGUUUUGAAAUUAGACUUACAGAUGGAAAACACACUGUUGAAAAAAAAGUCCUCAUAAUGGUUAUUCCUGUGGACGAUGAAACUCCAAGAAUGACUAUAAAUGACGGGCUUGAAGUUGAAAUUGGGGAAACAAAAACAAUAACCAACAAAGUCCUUAAAGCAACAGACCUGGAUUCUGAAGACAAGACUCUGACCUAUAUUAUUCGCCAUGGGCCAGGGCAGGGCUACCUUCAGCGCAUUACCAAAUUUGGAGAAGUGAUAGGAAACAUAACCCUGGAGAUGAACUUCACCCAAGAUGAAAUUGACAAAGGAUUGAUUCAGUAUGUUCAUACAGGACAGGAAGGGGUUCGCGACCUCAUCAAGUUUGAUGUCACUGAUGGCAUUAAUCCCCUUAUUGACCGGUACUUCUACAUAAGCAUUGGCAGCAUUGACAUGGUUUUCCCCGAUGUCAUUAACAAAGGUGUGACCCUUAAAGAAGGAGGGAGAGUAACUCUGACCACAGAUCUGCUGAGUACCACUGACAUUAACAGUCCUGAUGAGCACCUCAGCUUCAGUAUCACUCGUGCUCCCAGCCGUGGCCACUUGGAGUGUACUGACAGCCCUGGUGUUCCCAUAACCACCUUCACCCAGCUUCAGCUGGCAGGAAACAAGAUUUACUACAUCCACACAUCUGAUGACGAAGUGAAGAUGGACAGUUUUGAGUUUGAAGUAACAGAUGGCUACAACCCAGUUUUCCGCACUUUCAGAGUGUCCAUCACUGAUGUAGACAAUAAAAAGCCCGUCCUGACUAUCCACAACCUCGUGGUUGGGGAAGGGGAGGUGAAGCUGAUCACCCCCUUCGAGUUAACUGUGGAGGACCGGGACACUCCAGACAACCUUUUGCGUUUCAUCAUCACUCAGGUGCCAGUCCAUGGGCAGCUACUGUACAAUGGCACCCAUGCUGUUACCACUUUCACCAAGCAAGACCUCAAUGAGAACCUCAUCACCUACAAGCAUGACAGCACAGAGACCAGUGAGGACAGCUUUUCCUUCACAGUGACAGAUGGUACUCACACAGAGUUCUAUGUCUUCCCGAACACCGUCUUCGAGACCCGCAAGCCCCAGACAAUGACCAUCCAGAUCAACUCUGUUGACAACGGCGUCCCUCAGAUCGUCGUCAACAAAGGAUCUCCUACACUCAGGAUCCUGCACACUGGACACCUGGGCUUUCUGAUUACCAGCAAGGUCUUGAGGUCUGAAGACAGGGACAGUCCACACAAGGUCCUCAAGUAUACCAUCUCUGAGGCUCCUCUGCAUGGCUACAUCAUCAACAUAGCUCUUGGGAAUGACAGCAUCAGAACCUUCACCCAAGCCGAUAUUGAUGAUAUGAAGAUUUGUUACGUGCUGAGUGAUGGAGACAACGCUACAAGUGAUAUCUUCUACUUUACAAUUGAAGACAAAGGGGGUAACAAGCUGAAGAACCAGCCAUUCCGACUCAACUGGGCUUGGAUUUCUUUGGAGAGGGAGUUCUACCUGGUGGAUGAGGACUCCAAAUUUCUGGACAUUACCUUGAAACGCAGAGGAUACUUAGGAGAGACAUCUUUUGUCAGUAUUGGCACAAAGGAUGGCACUGCAGAGAAGGACAAGGAUUUCAGGGGGAAAGCCCAGAAGCAGGUGCAGUUUAACCCUGGUCAGAGCUCGGCCACGUGGCGAGUCAAAAUCCUCACCGACCAGGAGUAUGAGACGUCGGAAACCUUUCAGAUUGUCCUGUCCGAUCCUGUCAUGGCAGUUCUGGAGUUCCCCGAAGCCGCCACUGUGGAGAUUGUGGAUCCUGGCGAUGAAUCCACUGUCUUCAUCCCUCAGUCAGAAUAUAAGAUUGAAGAGGACAUUGGUGAGCUGUUGAUUCCAGUCAGGAGGUCUGGAGAUGUCAGUCAAGAGCUGAUGGUCAUCUGCUCUACGCAGCAAGGCAGCGCCUUGGGCACCGUUCCCAGCACUGUGCUGUCGUACUCCGACUACAUCAGCCGCCCUGAGGACCACACCAGCGUGCUGCGCUUCGACAAGGACGAGCGCGAGAAGCCCUGCCGUGUGAUCAUCAUAGACGACUCUCUGUACGAGGAGGAGGAGGCCUUCAACGUCACCCUCAGUAUGCCCAUGGGUGGGCAGGUGGGCCUUCAAUACCCCAGCACCAGGGUGGUCAUCCUGGCAGACAGCGACGACGAGCCCUCGCUGUACUUUGGAGACCCGGAGUACCUGGUGGAUGAAAGCUCUGGUUACGUAGAGGUGCGUGUCUGGAGAACAGGAACCGACCUGUCAAAGACAGCCACUGUCACAGUACGGUCCAGGAAGACAGAGCCCGUCUCUGCUGAAGCUGGUGUUGACUACGUGGGAAUUAGUAGGAACCUGGAUUUUGCCCCCGGAGUGACAAUGCAGACAUUCCGUGUCACCAUUCUGGAUGACCUGGGCCAGCCGGUGCUGGAGGGGCCGGAGAAGUUUGAGCUGGUCCUCCGCAUGCCCAUGAACGCCAUACUGGGUGAACCUAGCAAGACCAACGUCAUCAUCAACGAUUCUAUCUCAGACUUGCCCAAGGUCCAGUUUAAGGAGCCCCUGUACAUUGCUGAUGAGGGAGAUGGCCAAGUCAGUGCCAUUGUGUACCGUAGUGGAGAUAUCAGUUACAAAUCCACUGUGAGGUGCUACACUCGCCAGGGCUCUGCACAGGUCAUGAUGGACUACGAUGAGCGACCCAACACUGACAGCUCUAUCAUCACCUUCCUGCCAGGUGAAAUUGAGAAGCCUUGUCUGGUGACCCUUGUGGAUGAUACCAUACAUGAGGAGGAGGAGGAGUUCCGACUGGUGCUGGGAACACCGAAAAGUGAAUCACCAUUUGGGGCGGCACUAGGAGAGCAGAAGGAAACUUUGGUCAAGAUCACAGAUGAAAAAGACAAAUCGAUUAUCAAAUUUUCUGAGGUCAAAUACAGUGUCAAAGAGCCACAGGUGCUGGGAGAGAUAGCUGUGGUGAAGAUCCCUGUGCUGCGCCUAGGGGACACCUCCAAGGUGUCUCUUGUGCGAAUCCACACCAAGGAUGGGUCUGCAACCUCAGGAGAGGACUACAACCCCCUGUCAGAAGAUGUUGAGUUUAAGGAAGGAGAGACAGAGCACUUUGUGGAGGUAGAGAUUCUUUAUGAUGGCGAGAGAGAGAUGAGGGAAGCCUUCACAGUCCACAUGAAGCCUGACGAGUACAUGGUAGCUGAGAUACAGACGAGCAAGGCCAUCGUGUACAUCGAGGAGAUGGACAGCGUGGCAGACGUCACUUUCCCAGCAGUGCCCCAGGUCGUGUCACUGCUCAUGUACGACGACACAGCACGAGCCAAAGACCAACCCAACCCUCCCACUGGCUAUCCAGUUGUGUGUGUGACGGCCUGUAAUCCCAAGUACUCUGACUUUGACAAGACGGGAUCCAUCUGCUCUGCUGAGAACAUCAACGACACCCUGACGCACUAUCGCUGGCUAGUGAGCGCGCCCAGCGGCUCCGACGGUGUCACCAGCCCCAUGAGGGAGGUAGACUCCAACACCUUCUUCACCAGCACCAAGACUAUCACGCUGGACGCUAUCUACUUUCAGGCCGGCUCCAGGGUGCAGUGUGCAGCCAGGGCCUUCAACGCCAACGGAGACGCAGGCCUGGAGCUUCUCAGCCCAAUUGUCGCCAUCAGCCGGGAGGAGGGUCUCUGUCAGCCCCGUCUCCCAGGGACAGUUGGAGCAGAACCGUUCUCUGCCAAGAUUCGCUACACUGGUCCAGAUGACCCUGACUUCCCAAACCUCAUCAAACUGACAGUCACCAUGCCCCACAUAGAUGGUAUGUUACCAGUGGUCUCCACAAGACCCUUAUCCAAUUUCGAGCUGACCUUGAGCCCGGAUGGCACCCGAGUCGGGAACCACAAGUGCUCCAAUCUGCUGGAUUUUAACGAGAUUCAGACCCGGCAUGGCUUCAUCACGGACGGCACCAAGAACCCCGAAGUUAUCGGGGAGACUUCGCCCUAUCAGUACAGCACCACCCUGCGCUCUGCCAGCACCCUGCGCUUCUACCGCAAUCUCAACCUGGAGGCCUGCCUGUGGGAGUUCAACAGCUACUACGACAUGUCUGAGCUGCUGACCGACUGUGGGGGCAGCAUUGGCACAGACGGCCAGGUGCUGAACCUGGUGCAGUCCUACGUCACGCUGAGGGUGCCGCUCCACGUCUCCUACGUGUUUCACUCUCCCGUGGCUGUCGGCGGCUGGCAGCACUUCGACCUGCAGUCCGAGCUGCGCCUCACCUUCGUGUACGACACUGCCAUCUUGUGGAAAGACGGCAUCGGCAGCCCCCCUGAAGCUGAGCUGCAAGGGGCCAUGUACCCAACCAGCAUGAGAAUCAAUGAAGAAGGCCGGCUGGUGGUGAACUUCAAGACGGAAGCUCGUUUCCGAGGACUCUUCGUUAUGUCUCACCAAGGUACGUCUCUGACAUCGAUGGUGAUGUCGGUCAAUCACCCUGGCCUCACCUUCACACUCUCUCUCCUGAGGACCGAGCCUACCUACAACCAGCCAGUUCAGCAGUGGAGCUACGUCUCGGAUUUUGCUGUUCGAGACUAUUCCGGCACCUACACAGUGAAGCUCAUUCCUUGCAGUGCAUCUCCUAACUCAGAGUACAAUAUUCCUCCCAUCUGUAACCCUCGUGAGCCCCUCACCUUCGACAUGGACAUCAGGUUCCAGCAGGUCAGUGACCCUGUGGCUGCUGAGUUCAGUCUCAACACCCAGAUGUUCCUGCUUUCCAAGAGGGAGCUGUGGCUUUCUGAUGGGUCCAUGGGAUUCGGAGAGGGGACUGAUGUCGCCUUCUCUGAAGGUUCUUUGAUUUAUGGCCGUGUUAUGGUGGAUCCUGUGCAGAACCUUGGAGACUCGUUUAUCUGCAACAUUGAGAAGGUGUUCCUGUGCACAGGAGCUGAUGGAUAUGUUCCCAAGUAUAACCCAGCAAACAGGGAGUACGGCUGCCUCGCUGAUGCCCCCUCUCUGCUGUACAGGUUCAAGAUACUGGAUAAAGCCCAGCCAGAGACACAGGCCACGGUGUUCGGGAGCGUGCAGUUCGACGCCAGGCUGGCUGCAGACACGCCGGGAGCUCUGCCGCUGGUGAGGCAGCCGGGCUCGGACGGAUUCGCCCUGUCGUCCACACCCCUCUUCCAGGUCACAGCAGGGCGGGAGUGGUACAUCCACACCAUCUACACAGUCCGCUCCAGAGAGAACGCCAACCGAGGCAUUGGCAAGAGGAGCCUGGAGUAUCACCACGGUCUGUCUGCAGCUGCUGUAGCCCCCAGAGCUGUGGGGCGCAGCCGCCGAGCGGCCCCAGAGGUGGCUCAGGACAUAGGCCUGGAGAACAGCAGGGGCACCAACAUCCAGCACAUUGCUCUGGACCGCAGGAACAAGAUGGUGGUCAGCCAGCGCGAGUCCUGGCCCCAGGGCGAACUCCUGGAGCAGCCUGCGCUGGAGAGUUUUGGCCAGGAGUCCUCAGAGCUGCCCAUGAUGCCCAUAGUGACCGGGGUGGCUGGCCUCCUUCUCCUGCUGUGUAUCGUCACCAUCGUCGUGGUCCUAAUGCUACGACGCAAGAAGCGCCACUCUGGGAAGAAACUGCCCCCCUACUCCACCUCCUCUUGCUCGGCCUACCAGAGCAGCAGGAGCAGCCGCGACACCGUGAACACAAGGCACAGCACCGACAGCUCCGAGGUCUAACCUGGGAGGAGACCCAGCCAUCUUUUCACCCUGUGGUGCUGGACAUUUCUGACAGUUGGCAAAAAUAGCGACAAAAACACCUCAGUGCCUUGAUUUUUUUUCCCCACAGCUCCCGCUUGCUCUGAAAAAAGUGAAGAGCACUCCAAACAGCAGUUGAAAAUAUUGUAAUUUGUAACUGAAAGGGAAGCAAAAAUAAUUGUGUGGGUGCAUGAGUGCUCUUCAGCUUGCCUUUUCACCGUGAGAGCACUGUAAGGCAUGCUGAACCUCAUGAAGUGUUUAUUUCCUUCACCUACACGUUGGACGUUAGAAUGGGCUGGGAUCCCCUGUAAUCGAUGACAAGAGUGACAUAAUUUUGGCUUUUAUUUACGUUGAGCUCUAAUUUACAUUAUUGUGAAACCGCGCCGGUUAUUAUUGUUCUGAUGCUUCUGAUGCCACGUUUCUGAGUAGAGGCGCAGACCGAGGAGAAUGUGGUGUAAGGAAAGGGCCAUACACGUCGGGAUGACAGGUUAUUUAUUCCAGAGCUCCAUAUCUAGCAUUCUAUCCACCUACCUCCCCACCUCCCACUGUCUAGGCUUUCUAAUCAAGUCACCCUCACGCAAAUCAGUGUUACUCCAGCCCUUCCCGUCAGCUCCAUUUCAAUAUUGAGAUACUUUUAACUCCUUAAUGGCUGUAUUGAUCCUUACUAGUUAUCAGUUACAUAAAGGAGCUGGUGGUGGCAAAAAAUGUAAUGGAGCAGACUGGAGGAGCCACAGUUGUAUAACCCUGAUGAGGAGGAUAUUUAAAGCCGAUUACAGAUAUUAAAGUGUUUGUCAAGUUCUAUGAGUUUUUAAGACAUGGCCUGAGUUGCAAGCAAAAAUUCUAUAGACGCUGUAAUUUACCUGCAUGUCAAUAGAGACAAAGGUAACGACGACAUUUAGUGGUUCUAAAAAAGGAACAAAACACUACUGGACACGUACAGCUAUUACUUUUUUUUACAGUUAGAAAUUUGAUUUUUUUUUUUAGUAGUCAAAUAGGUUUUCUUGAUGUUUUCUAUUUGAAUCAAUACACGUUGAGUAAAACUGUCAGAGCACAGGCUACAUCAUACUGUUUUUCAGGUUCAUUUUGCAAUUGUUGGCAUGAACUGUACAGGUGAAUUCUGAGCAUUUCUGAGGGAGAGUAAAAUGUUUUAUGUUGCAUAUCUAAUAAAUGUCUUUUUAUAUACGGUUUAGUUUUGAACAGACUUGUGCCUGCCCGCUUCAACAGAACCGUAAAUGAGGUGCUAAACAAAAGGAAUUGUAAUUAGUCACAUUUUUAUUCACUUGAGUUACUUGUACAGUUUUUUUUCACCUUUUUAUAGUCUUUCGGGAAUUGUAUGGUUGAAAUCAUACAAUGUGCAGCUGUAUGAUUGUGGUUAAAAAUCUAAGUGAGCAUAUAUAAAAUAGCUGAAUGAGAAAGCACAAAUGAAAUAAGUAUUAGUAACACGCUAUGAUAAUACUUGAACAAUUGAAAAAGAGAUGUGAAAUGCAUUUUGUGAUGUUCUCAUUCAACAACUUUAGUAAAUGGUAUUAGAAGAAAAAUGUUGUGUGACUAAUACAUUUUUAUCUCAUACUGCCAGUGUCCUAAGUAACAUUAAAAAACACUGAUCACUGGCAUCAAGUACUAAGAAGAAAUGUAAUGUUUAAAAAAUACUGUAAAGGUUUAAAAUGAUUUGUGAACAUUUUGAACAAUACACUGUAGUGUUAAACUCAUUUGCUGUCUAAAAUAAUAUCAUGCAUUCUCCUGCUUAUGUUUACUCCCAGACCCUAACAGAGCUGGGUGGGCCUGCCUGCCAGUUUAACAAACACCGGCCUACUCAACCCUGUAGCAGGCAGGAACACUGGCUUGGUAUUAAACGUAUAAUACUGUUAAUGAUAGGCUAGGUUAGUGAAUUCUAAGAUACUUCUUACAUUACUUUUCUCGUUUCAUUUCUGAAGGGUCCUUAAGUGCUUCACAUACAGGAGGGGACUGUAUGUGGGUGAUGCACACCCAGCUACCCCACUACACAGCAGAUCAGGUAGAUGACAGAACUGGCCCUCUGAAGGAAUUAAAGGGGAAAUCUGGGAAGGCCACACUAUGAAGACCCAAACAGAUUUAGCCAAGACAACCUGGCCUAUGGGAUCUUUAAAUACCAAGUAGUCUCAUACAAAGGACUACAUCACCUCCAAUAUAGUGUACAUGGUCAGCAUUCUGGAGCAGAGGCAAGACUGACACCUACUGGUGCAGCAACACCUCUUUCAAUAACACAACAGGGCCUUGACAGUCAUGUGGGUCCAGUGCAGAGAACCAUUGCAAAUAGCCAAAUGCACAUAUCACCAAGACCACUCCUAUACUGUUGCAUAAUGUACCCCAGUAUAUAGUAUGCAUGGUUAAAGACAUAAAUGAACCUCACUUAUAUGAUCAUUAAAGUACUAAUGCAUCGGCUUUAAGUACAUUAAAAAAAUGCUGAUCAAAUAAACUACAGUAAUCGCAAACCUACAGUAAUCUGCUUAAAUAUACAAUCUCCCCUCUGCAUCCAGCCUGCAGGGGCAGGGAGAGGUUCACUCUUGAGCUAGAUUCGCCUCAUGAUCCCAGUCUGUUGUGCUAAUCUACUGCUCUUCUUCCAUCCAAAACCCUGUAAAUCAGACUGAAACAUGUAGACUCGCUUAUUUAUAUUAAAUUUGCACAUGUUGAGACCCUACUGUACGUCAUUUUUACAGAGCCAGAUAAGAUUUUUCAAAAGGGUUUCUAAUGCAUCACU